UGAGAUUUUUCAGAAGAAAAACGAUUACAAUGCCGACUGUAGUACAAAAAAUUGCAAAAAACGAAAAUAAUUUUUGACCUGACGGUAUGUGGUUGAUCAGCUGAACCACUGUCGCUGCCAUUUUCGAGCCAAACCGUGUGAAGUGGAUGAGAGGACCUGACUUUGUUCCGUUUCUCUACUUACGGACCUUCGUGUCCCUUAUUCAAAAUAUACUAAAUGCAAAGUAUAACCUCAUUUUCGUGAUUCUUGUUUGAUGCACAAUGCGAUGCAAAAUCGACGAUCUACCUGAUGAGUUAUUAGAAUAUAUUUUAAGUUUAGUACCACCUUAUAAAGACCUUGAAGCCUGUAAAUUUGUAUGUAAAAGGUGGCGACGUACCACAGAAGUUGUAAUAGCACGUAAUGAAGCACAUUUUCAAAGAUCUGUGGCUACUGGAUCCUUAUUGUGGAAUUCAUUGCCAUCUACACAUUGGCAUCUACCUACAAUUAGCAAGAGACAUUCGCACUCAGCAUGUAUAUAUGAUAAUUCUAUGUAUGUGUUUGGUGGCUGCUCAUCUACCUGGACAACAUUCAAUGAUUUGUGGAAGUUAGAUCUAGAUACAAGAACCUGGGUUAGACCAAACACCAUGGGUAGUUAUCCAUCACCUAAAGCUUGUGCAACUAUGCUUUAUUAUCAAAAAAACUUUAUUUUGUUUGGUGGUUGGUCUUAUCCAGUGCCAUUUCCUUUACUUCAGCAAUGGAGAUUAUUUAAUGAAUUACACAUAUACUCUAUAGAAUCAAAUAAGUGGACUGCUAUAAAUACAUUAGUAACUCCACCGCCAACAUCUGCACAUUCUGCAUCAAUACAUGGAAAUACAAUGGUUGUUUUUGGUGGUAUUUGUGAUGGAGAGAGCUCCAAUGAUGUAUGGUGCUUUAAUUUAGAUUCGUAUCGUUGGCAUAAACAAAUUACUUUCAAAAGUUUUAUACUGCCAGAACCACGUUAUGGGCAAUCCCAAAUUGAACUCGGAGAACAGCACCUACUUGUUCUAGGAGGUUGCACAGGGCCAAAUAGUCCUAUGAAUGAUGCCUGGUUGUUGGAGAUGGAAGGACCAUUUUGGAUGUGGAAGAAAGUUACUAUGUGCAACACAGAAUGGGCACCAACACGUAUUUGGUGUCAUCAAGCUUGUAAGGUGGGGAAUUAUGUUAUUGUACUCAGCAAGAAUAAGCGUCAGACCAAGUCGAAUGAUAUGAGUAUUUCAUUAAAAAAGACUGCUUGUCAGAGAAGCACUUCUCCACAUGAUGAAUCAAAUCCUUUACACGGGAGGCCGAGGAAUAUAUCUACUCCAGACAGGGAUGAAAACGUGAAUGGACGGCACGGAGCAUUUUCCAGGUCACAUUUGCAAAAUGCACGUACUUCAUCAUAUAUACCCAAUAUCUCAAAGGCAGUACCGAUUCCCAUGCCAUUGUUUAGUGACAAUUCAUUGAGCAUGGCCGCAUUUCGUGAUCAACCUUUACAUAGUACUUCAAACACGAUUAGGCAGCGUCAGUUGGAAUCGCUAAGGAGAAUGGAGGAGAAAAUUAAGAAUAAAAAAGCACAAGCAAAAGCAUCGAAAAAAACUGAGAAAACAUUUUCUAUAUUCGUGUUAGAUAUUACGAAAGUUCUUGAUGACUGCAGUGCUUCAUGGAUUCCAUUAAAGCAAGACAAUUAUUCAGGUCCUGAUGAAAGGAUUUUAUAUUCUCUUGUAGCAGGAAAGGGAGAACUAAUAGUUUUUGGUGGUAUACGUAAGCAACAUAUGGCAAUGCAUUGCAAUUUUCUUAAUGAUGAGGUGUAUAAUGAUCUCCAUUUUAUAAAUCCACCUCGUUAUAAUAUUUAAUAUGGGUAUAUAUUUAAUAAAGUAUUAAAUAGUAUCAGAGAAGUUUAUUCAUAAUAGAUUAUCACUAUCGUUCGCAUCUUCAUACCAAAAUAUCUCUAAAAGAAAAUAGUUGCCUGAUAAUUUUUAUAUAACGUUAAAAUAGGAUUAAUCGAAAUUGAUAUAAAAACAUUCGUCAAUUAUAAAUUUACGUUGAUUAUAGUACUUUAAGAAUAAUAAAUUUAAAUUGUUAUAAAAUAUUUUAUGUUACACAUUACAAAUAUUUUGCAAUAUAGAAUGUACAAAUGUCACAUUUAAAAUGUAUUAUAUUCGUAUAUAUUGUUAUUUAUUAACAUGUAUAAGUCUUACUGCUUUUGAAUAAUAUAAGUCCGAUAUAUCUAAAAUUAAAUAUAAUAUAUACACACAUAAUAUUAUAUAGUUGCUACACACAUUUUAUUCAAUUAUAAUGCUACCUAUUUUGUGAACUUUUCAAUCGUCUUCAGUUUCGACUGCUUUUAAACUACCAAACACUUGCGAUGGUAUAACUUGUUUUUCAAUCGGUAUAUCUAAAAAUAAACGAGGCAUUAUUAAAUAACGAACUUGGCAAAUAUGAUGUAUCAAAUUUCAGUGAUAAACUAUUGAUUAAUAUGAAAUCUGUCUGCAUUUAGAUUCGGAGGUGCAAACAGAUAAUAAGAUAUAAUCUUUAUUGUUAAAAAUUUCAGUUAAGAAAAUUCUUACCGGAACUAUAAUACGACAAUGCGAUUAUAUCAUCUAAUGUGUGUGAGCAGGAGAGAUAACUUUUAUGCUUAAAUAUAAUAAAAUAUUUCACGUG